UCAUGGCAGCGGCCAGCCCCACAGGGGCCCAGGGGCAUGGUCACAGGCCCCCCCUUCCCAUCUGGCCAACCCAGCUGCCCAUCAGGGGACCUGGGACCUGGACGACUGCCAAGGACUGAGGACAGAAAGUAGGGGUACCCAUCCACCUCUGACUCCUUGCCCACCAGCUGUGGACAAAGGGCAUGCUGGUUCCUAAUCCUUCCCACUCUGGGGUCAGCCAGCUGUGUGAUCCCACCCCACCCCGACAGACACUGUGAACGGAAGACAGCAGGCCAUGAGCAGACUCGCUAUUUAUUCAAUCAUAACCUCUGGGCUGGGGUGACCCCCGGGGCAGAGAGAAAGCCCCUUGUCCCCAUCCCCCAAACUCCCAGUGUCUGUCCCCUCCACCUUCUCUCGAACACAAGCUUGCUCUCCAUCUUUCCUUCUGUCCCCUCCUGCUCUACCUCUGUCCCUUUCUGGUUUCCCUGUCUCCCUCCCAGCCUCUGCCUCUUUCCUAGCCUAAGCUUGGGCCCAGCCACUCUACCCUCAGAGGAAGCCCCAGGUUCACCUAGGCUUCCUUAAGUCUUUGCCCCAGGAUGGCUUUGUGGGCAUUGUGACUGCAGCCAAACCGGUUGCUGUCUCUGUGUCUGUCUGUCUCUCUUUGAUCUCAGGGGGUCCUUUUGGAGUUUAUUGUAUUUUAUUGUACUUGGUGGGUGUGUGUGUUUGGGGGAGGGGGGGUGUCCUCAUUGGGUGUGUUGGUACCUUCAGAAACUUUUACCAAAGUAAUGUUUAGCUGCUUGUGGUGGGCCCCCUCUCCUCCAUUGCCUCAGGCAUUGGGGGUUGGACUCCUUGUCAUUUCUGGCCUAGGAGAGGCCAGGCUCCAUUGGGGGACCCUCACAUGGGACUGGGAGCUGCUUACAGUCUGGGGUUGAGUAGAAGAGCUCAGGUGGCACAGAGGGAGACCAGGGGGCCUUCAGGGAAGGUGUAUGAGGGGUACAAGUAGAGAGUAGCAGGGAGCAGGGAGGGAAGUGGCGGGAAUCAGUGACAGGAGUGAUGCCAAGGGGCAGGAGGGUUUCCGAGAAGUCAGGGAUCAAGAGUGAAGGGAGGCGCUGUGGAGGUCCAGCAUGUGUAUCAGGGACGAGGUGGACAGGCUUGAGUGCAGGGAGGCCAGGGUAUUGGUAUGUGAUGUGACUUACUCCCAUGAUGCCCCUGAGCUCCCCUGAGCUCACCUAGAGCUGGCCAGCUCCAACCCAUCUGUGGCCUGGACUGGGCCCGAUGUCUGUCCCACUAUCCUGCAGUGGCUAGGACAGAGUGGGGUAUGUUUCCUUUUUGUUGGUGAUGCAUGCAAUUCAAGUGGACAAAAGAACAAUUUAACAAAACAAUUUACAACCACACAACCCAGCACCAAAGUUGAGAAACCUUGCUGGAUGUAGCUGAUGCAGCUGUAGGCUUAGGUGACACUGUGGCUCUUAACUAUCCUGUUGACUCAUCUUCGUCCUAUUCACACAAUGCCGCAUGUUUAAAUUGUAAUAGAAGUCAUCUUCUCUUCCCUGGGGCAGGGCAUCCUCUCUCCUUAUCUCCUGUGUUUGAGAGGUGGAAUGAAGUAGGGAUAGAGUAGCAAGCCCGGCCCCACCUUUACCAUUCUGAGGCUAGCCGCAGCAUGGGUAGCCUUUGUGUGUACUUAGGUCACAUGGCUGGCCCCAGGGCCAGCACAGGCCCAAGACUGGGCCUCAUGGUUUUAUUUUUAUUUAACUUUAUUUUCUGUGUGUGUGUCUUGUGUCUGUCUGUCUGUCUGUCUUGUCUUUGUCUACUGCCCUCUAGUGUUAAGUGGGAGCCUGGAGGAGUCUCCCACUUCCCCACCUUUUCCCAAGUCCUUUCCUCUGUCACCAGCCAUCCCUCUGGCCCAGGCAGAGUGGGUCUCAGGCAGGUAGGGACCUGGAGUGGCCUGGUCCCACCCUCUGACCUCCUCCUCAGGCCACCAGUGUUGCCCUCUUCCCUUUUUAAAACAAAAUACCCUUGUUUGUAAAAAUCCUUAGACGCUUGAGAAUAAAACCCUUCCCUUUUCUUCUGAGUCUGGUGUCCUAAGCCUGGUAGAGUGGAUAGAGAUGUGGAAAGGGCCUGGGAGGAGGGCUUUUAGUGUGUGGUUAAGGACUGCAUUCAUGGGAACCCAGCAGGGCCUGGACCUGGGUGGGAGGUGUUUGGAGCAACUGAAGGUGUCAGCCAGCUUUAUGAGGGGCCCCCUUUUCCUAGAAAUUUCAGUACAUCAAGAAAGCCCUUAUCCAUGCAGGCCUUGAGCAUAGGCUCAGAUGUCAGCCCCUCCAUCCUCCGCCCCCGCUCCCUGCUUCCCAGGGUGGCAGCCUCACCAAGGCCAGGGCAACCUACGCACACCUAGAGGGCUGGGUACAGCCCAACCAGGUGCCUGCUGCUGGCCUGGAGCACUCCAACCCGGACAGGCCACCAUGGUGGGCACUACACUCCUGCUCCUGGCCCUGCUCCCUGGGACCUCCACUAAGCACAGUGCACCACUUGCACCUCCAUUCCCUGGGGCGCCUGGCCCCUGGCUUCGCAGACCCCUUUUCAGUCUGGAGUUAUCAGAUGCAGAGGACGCAUUCCCUCGCCGCGCAGGGCCACUGGAGGUUCCAGCGGACAGCCAUGUGUUUGUGCAGGCGGCCCUGGCCCGUCCUUCACCAAGAUGGGGCCUAGCCCUGCACCGAUGCUCAGUAACGCCUUCUUCACGCCCGGCCCUGGGGCCUGCCCUGGUGCUUCUACGUGGGGGCUGCCCCGCCGACGACUCUGUCAACUUCUCACCACCUCCACGCCCGGAUGCUGCUAGCGUCGCACGCUUCAGCUUCCGCCUGCGCCCGGUAUUCAAUGCCUCAGUACAGUUCUUGCACUGCCAGAUAAGCCGUUGCCGCCGCCGCAGUCACCGCCGCCGAGCUGUCCACCAGACACCAGUGCCUUUGACCCCACCAGCACCGUUGCGGUGUCUGCCUCAGGAUGAGGCCUGUGCUGGCAGCAGCUUGAGCCUUGGUACUGACAGCCCCCACCUGCACAUGCUGACACAGCCCAUCGUGGUCACAGUACCUCGUCCACCCCCUAGGCCAGCCAAGAGUCUCCCAGGCAGAGCGGUACGCCCAGAGCCGCCCGCUCCAGCCGCUGCAGCACUGGAGCCUGCACCAGUGGUGGCAUUGGUGUUGGCGGCCUUCGUGCUGGGUGCUGCACUGGCCGCUGGGCUUGGGCUCGUCUGCGCGCACUCAGCACCCCCACCCCCAGGCCAGCCUCCUAGAGCUUCGCUCAGCGGCCCUCAACUCCAGAGGCCCUAGUAGGCAGGUAAGUACUGGGUGUGAAGGUCUGAAGCAAGAGCUAGAAGAGGGACGUGGUGUAAGGAUCGGAUCGUUCACGGGUUACCUCAGGGGACUCCAAGUAUUUUGUACAUUCAUUUAAUCUUCUUCUGAACAACAUUCAGAUGGAUACUUUUAUAAUGUCAAAGGUGGAGGUGGACAUUGAAUUUGGGAGAUGGGGUCACCGGCAGAGAAGAAAGGGGUCCUUAAACUUGAACAGAUAAGUAAGAGGGAUUUAUACAGUUCCUAGUCUCACACACACCAGUACAUAGAUUGGUGGAGGAGGCCAAGGCUUGUCAGGGAAAUGUGACCUAAACAGUCCUUUCCCCCUCUGAGCCUCUGUCACCCCCUCUCUAGAGAUGGCACAACCCAGUGAGUGAUCUCCUGAGAUUCAUCCAGCCAUGAUUUCAGUACCCUUUGGAAGGACUCCCGCAUGUCUCCCCUCCCUCCCUCCCUCCC